AUGACAAUCGGUAGCCUCGGCUCCGUUGGAUCUUCACCCUCUUCAAGUCACUGUUCGAACGCUGAUAAUGAGAAACAAAGUCACGAAUAUGGUACUUUCAAGAAAAAAUACAAACUUGGUCCAGAACUCGGUCGAGGGGGCUUUGGUACGGUCUAUUCGGGUUUUCGUAUCUCGGAUGGCUUGCCAGUUGCUGUGAAAUUUGUUUCGAGGAAUAAUGUUACUGAUUGGAAGAAAGUUUCCAAUCACGCUAAGGAGUUGCCUCUGGAAAUAGUUCUUCUCACUGAGUGCACAGGUAUACCGGGCGUCAUCCAAAUGUUCGAUUGGUUCGAGCGGUCCGAUGGAUUCUUGAUCGUUAUGGAACGACCGUCGCCGUGCCAGGAUUUGUUCGAUUAUAUAUCUGAGCGUGGACCUCUUGAAGAAGACUUAGCAAAGGCUUUCUUUAAACAGGUUCUGGAUACGGCAAUUGCGUGUGCUAACGUUAGCGUGGUGCAUCGUGAUAUUAAAGAUGAAAAUCUUAUAGUGGACUUGAAAUCUGGACGUAUAAAACUUGUUGACUUUGGUUCGGGUGCAUUUUCGAAGAAUCACGGUGAAAUGUAUACAGAUUUUGAAGGGACACGCGUGUAUAGCCCUCCCGAGUGGAUUCUUCAGUCGAAAUAUGACGGUAUGAAAGCAACGGUUUGGUCUUUGGGCAUUCUGUUGUAUGAUAUGGUGUCUGGCGAUAUCCCAUUUCAUCGCGAUGACGAGAUAAUUCGUCGAACUCCAAUUAUUUGGCGAACGAAGCUGAGCCGAGCAUGUGAGCAUUUGAUCCAGCAGUGUUUAAUGUUCGAUGCGAACGAACGUUAUGAUCUCGAAGAGAUAGUGAAUCAUCCUUGGUUGCGUGCUGGUGACAUUCGUUUGUCGUUAACACCAGCCGAAUUGAAUGCCGGUCGACACAAACUCUCCAGUGUACCAGCCAAACUUGAAACGCAUGCGUUUCCACAUCCAGCAUCUCGUCAUCCGCUUGGUGGACAGCGAGCUACUGAUCGUCCAGCAACAAAUGGCGUCACUUGUUCAAUUAUGUCGUCGGCAUGCAGCAUGUUUUCAAGUGGUUCAACUGUUGCUGUCGGUAAGCAGUAUUCAUCACAUGCACAUCAUCCUGGUUGUCGUGCAGCUGUCGGUUGUUCAUUGAGCCCUUGUUCAAUGCCUUUGACGUGUUCGAGUGCGUUCAGUUCCAGCUCAAGUUCAGGUUACGGAACGGCUUCUUCGCCACCAGGGGGCUCGCUCAUGUUGGGAAGUUAUUAA